GGGCACAUGUUGCUAUUCUUUAUGUAUCGUAAGAUCUCAAGAAAGGAUAAGGCGGUUUCUCGAUGCUGCUCCGCGGCGGCGUACGUUCUCAGUCAAGAAAUCGACACGUCACUCUAUCCAGUCGAGUGUUAUGGCCACGAAGCCCUCCAGCUUGGAAGAACCAUGGCGAAGACAAGCUUGCGCCAGUCUCGAACUUCAGUUUUUUUUGGCUAUCUUGUCUUUUGUGUCUUUCUAUGUGCCUAUCCACCAGUCAAUGGUGCGACAAAUCUCAGAAGCUAUUCCACAGUUCUCAUGGAUCGGAGUUAGAGGGGUAUCCUUGAAGGUAUCCAAAGUCUAGACUCGUUCUGUAUUCGGCGUUCGCAACUGUGGACAGACACCCGCUUUCCGCCUCUGACGGAAGGGCAGCCUGCUCCUCGGGUGUUACUGCGGCCAUUUCCACAGGAAUCCGAACGUAACUGCACUCGACUAUCCGGUCUAACCCCGACGAUGUACACACCAUUGUCGUUCGCUAACGGUCGUUUGGAAUUGGCAGGGCAUCCGCAGAGGUGUUCCUUUCAGGCCCGUAUCUCAUGGUCAAAAUGUAUUGUCUAAGCACUGUCAAUACCGUUGGCACUCCGGUAGUUCCGCGCUUCACAGUUGAAAAGACCUCAAAGUGGUGCCGGGAAAGUGCACACUUUGCUGUCGCCUUGACCAUUCCUAGUCUCUAUCAUUGAUUCGUACCAAUAUGUCGGACGUUAAAGUACUUACUGGUCCCGAAGUCGCAGCACAUAGCAGCAGAGAUAGCUGCUGGAUCAUUGUUCACGGCAAAGUGUACGAUGUAACAGAUUUUCUUGACGAACAUCCCGGCGGUAGCAAGAUCAUUUUGAAGUAUGCGGGCAAAGACGCAACGGAAGCAUAUGAGCCCAUCCACCCACCCGAUGCUAUCACCACGAACCUUCCCGUACAGAAACAUCUGGGUGCGAUUGACAUCACCACGGUAGCCAAGGUCGUGAAGGAGGUGACCGAUGAGGAGAAGCACCGGCAAGCUCUCCUAGACGCAAGGCCACCUCUCGACAACGUCAUCAACCUGCAUGACUUCGAGAUUGUUGCGAAAGGUGUUCUGCCUGAGAAAGCUUGGGCAUACUACUCUUCUGCGUCUGACGACGAGAUUACGAUACGAGAAAACAGACUUGCAUACCAAAGGGUCUGGUUCCGACCACGAAUCCUGAGGGACGUCUCCUCCGUUGACUGGUCAACAACAAUCCUCGGCCAAAAGUCUAGCCUACCUGUCUACAUUUCUGCAACUGCUCUCGGUAAACUUGGCCAUCCUGAUGGCGAGUUGUGCUUGACGAGGGCUGCCGCGAACCACGGCGUAAUCCAAAUGAUCGCUACUCUUGCAUCAUGCUCAUUCGACGAUAUUGUUAACGCUGCUGCUCCUGGUCAAAACUUCUUUUUGCAAUUAUAUGUCAACCGCGAUCGUGAAAUCACGAGGAAGUAUGUCCAACACGCAGAAGCACGCGGCGUCAAGGGUCUCUUCAUCACCGUCGACGCGCCCCAACUCGGUCGACGUGAGAAGGACAUGCGAAUGAAACACGUCGGCGACGAUGCGGGGGCUGAAGUCCAGAAGGGUCAAUCAGACGUGAAGAAAGACCAAGGUGUCGCACGGGCAAUUAGCUCCUUCAUCGAUCCGAGCUUGUCGUGGAAAGACAUUCCUUGGUUCCGAAGCAUCACAAAGAUGCCUAUCAUUCUGAAGGGUAUUGCAACGGCCGAAGAUGCUAUCCUAGCCUAUGAAGCCGGUGUCCAAGGAAUUGUUCUCUCCAACCACGGCGGCCGACAACUCGACACCGCCCGUUCCGGAAUCGAAGUCCUCCUCGAAGUCACCGCAGCUCUCCGUUUGCGAGGUUACUUGCCUGACCCUAAGUUCGAGAUCUACGUUGACGGCGGUGUGCGACGUGCCAGCGACGUCCUCAAAGCCAUUGCCCUUGGAGCCAAAGCCGUUGGCGUUGGAAGACCGUUCCUUUACGCAUUCUGUAGUUACGGUCAGGCAGGUGUGGAGAAGGCUAUCCAGAUCUUCCGAGAAGAGUUCGAGAUGAACAUGCGUCUCUUGGGUGCGAGGACGUUAGAUGAGCUCGUUCCCGAAAUGGUCGAUGCGACAGCCCUGACGCAACAUACUGUCUUGUCGCCGCAGGAUAACCUCUAUCAUGCAGCGUAUCAACCGCUCGCCUUUGCGAAGUUCAAGGAGAGCAGGCUGUAAUGAAAGACGAUUUGUGUGGAAUCAUAGUAUCCGUAUGACUUGUACUUCGAGCGUAUAUGUUUCCCUUGCAUGUAUUGUCUGCCUCUGUUUCCGUCCCCUGGCUCCUUGUAUAUUACACACAUCUUACCUCUAUUCCAUUGCUUGGUUCACUCGCU